AUGCUGCCCAUUAUUAACGUAACACUCGGUGUACGAGUACGAUGCUGCUGUCGUAAGCGGCGGAAACGUCCACCUCCGAAGAAAGGUGUUCUCGUGAAAAUUCCUACAAAAACAGUCUCUAAGGAGAAAUUUGCGAAGCCGAAGCCACUUUCACUCACUUCCUCAUCCACACCGUCAAUCCCAGACCUCCUGACCACACCAUUGGCAAAGACUCAAACAGAGGAGGAGCUCUUUACGUCGAAGGACAUGAGUUUUGAGAAGAUACCGAUACCUAUUAGAAUGAAGUAUGACAGAAUGCGAAGGUCAAAAUCGGCUGAGCGUAUUGAGAGUCGCAAGUUGUUGCCGUAUCCAGAAGUGAAACCUCCAACUCUCAGUGAGAAAAGAAGACACGAGCGCGAACUAGAGAGAGAUAAAAAAGCGAAAAUAGCUUCUGGCUUUUACCAGUCACGCUCUGACGAAGACGAUACCCUGGAGAAAGUGAGUAGCCUUAAGGAAGAAUACACAGAGCGUAGCCACAAGCUCCGGAGAAGAGGGACCGAGAGAAAAGAGAAAGCCGAGAGGAAGGACGAGAAAGAAGCUCCCUUAGAAAACUUACUUCUUCCGCUACCUCCUCCUCUUCCUCCACCUACAUGA